AUGCGUCCUGAGACUUCUGUUGUUCGCGAACAUGAGGAAUUCCUAUGGUUGCAUAGUGUUCUAGAUGAGAACGAGAGCUAUGCAGGCUUCAUUGUACCACCAGCCCCUCCUCAUCCAGAUUUUGAAUCAUCUCGCGAGAAGCUUCAGAAACUUGGAGAAGGCGAAGCAACAAUGACAAAAGAGGAAUUCUUGAAAAUGAAGCAGGAGCUUGAACAGGACUAUCUGGCUCAGUUCAAAAAGACCGUGGCCAUGCAUGAAGUGUUCUUGCAAAGAAUUGCUGCACACCCUGUAUUUCGACAGGACACAAACUUCAGAAUCUUCCUGCAGUAUGAAGACGAGGUAGAUCUUUAUUGUCUUUUGUUUUCAUAA